UCUAAUGUCGACCUUUUGUCAUAUGGCCGCCAUCUUCUUUUAUGAUGCUCGAUUCCGAAGAUGUUUAUUCGGAAGUUUUCGACUGUGACUCGGCCACAAUCUACGUCCGUGGGAAAUUGCUCCCGUAAACAACAUGGACUUAAAAAAAGCGCUUGGAAAAAUAAGCGAACAUUAUGUCAGAAAAUACGGGAAAAUCCAACGCUGAUUCACCUCGAUCUCUACACUGCUUAUCCGUAUCACCUCUGUGUUUUAAAAAUAGAACUGGACGACCCAUUGAGCUUGUAUGGCUGGAUUACAAUGGCCGUGAAGUUGUGAAGGGAGAGUUGGCCAUUUCUCAAGCAGUGUCAAUGAACACCUACGUUACGCAUCCAUGGAAGGCUAGAGACAAGCAAAAUGGAAGAGACAUGUUGAUAAACUUUAGAAGUAUAUACUUUCCUGUUGAACCAGAGGUAAAGAGCGUUCAAUACAGAGAGGGACGAGCUCUUGCUGUUCGAUCAGAAGUCAUCAUAACAAAACCAGUUUAUUCCCUUGAAGAAUACUGCAAACAGGUCAUCUAUGAACUGGUUUCUCUUGAGAACAUCAACAGACUUCCAUUGCCGACUCCUCUUCUCAGUGAACUAUACAACUACUGUGAAGAGAAUGGCAUUAGCUGAAGACAUAUGUAGAACAGAGAUCACAAUGUUGAUUUUAUUGUGACAAAAUUCUAGCUGUUAGUAGUAAAUGUGCCUUCCUUA